GUAUGUGACGAUAUCGUUUUCAAAAAAAUGUUUUGUGAGUGCGAAACGCAAUAGACGACUUGACGCCCACAUUGCUUUCGAUUUAGGAGUGAUUUUAAUCAUUAUUGUAUAUUCUUAAUUUAUAAUAUACUGGGCAGUUGCCUAAUUCUGGAAUUGCCAACAACCAUGAUUAAUAUAGAAUGAUCACAGUCAAUGCAACUGACCUCCAUAGCAACAGAAGGAACACAAAGGUGAAGCUAUGAUGUAACAGUGCCUGUACAUGAUGAAGAAGUGUUCCAACCCGAAAUGUGGGUUCGAGGGGGAGUGGAAGUUUUGUCAGGAAUGUGGGGGCAAAAUGAUUGAUCCUCCUACCAAACCUAUCUUGUCAUCAAUCGUCAUCAUCUGUGAUGGAGAUGAUGAAAGUGGCUCUCCUUGUGGGGAGGAACUGAGAUCAACACAGAAGUUCUGCACAAGUUGUGGAAAACAGGUUGAUAUCAAGUUGUUUGAAGUACAAACACCUGAUGUAGAGAAGUGUUCGAGAUGUGGAACUAUGUUUACACUCGGCAUAAAAUUCUGCCCCGAGUGUGGAUGCAAGGUCCAACCAAUGGCAGAGCAAGCAACAGAUGGUCCACCUUCUCAAGAAAAUCAGGCAAGUGUUGUUGACAACUCUGACGCUGUCUCUGUGGCAACAAUCGGUGAGGGGGGAAUCCAGAAUGAUAUUCAACAUUAUCAACAUGCCCCUAACCAAAUACCACCUUCCCAACCACGACAAGCUGAAGGACCAGAUUUAAACAUGGAAGUUUUAGAAUCAGCCACUGAAGUUGAACAUUUAGGUGUUGAAAGUCAAAAUCAGAAUCAAACGUUACACGAUCAGACUGGGGAAAGAGAUAAGCAGGAAGAGCCAGAUACAGAUACACCAAGUGCAGUAGAUGUUCAGCAACGUGAGGCAUCAAGUCCUGAACCAAUAGAGAAACAGUCCAAAGCUAGUGAGCUGACAGAGGAGGAAGAAACAUAUACUUACAAACAAGUAGCUAAAAAAAGUCAGAGUCAAGAAGAAGUCAAAUUGGUCAGUUCAGAGACAACAGAUAACAAUGAAGAUGAUGCAAUGGAUACAUCUGAUUUUCAAGGGGACAAUAAAUUACGUGUUUUCAACUUAGAUGAUGGAAGUGAUGAAAGAAAACAGGAAACAUUUAUGCAAGGUGAUCCUGGUAGUAAUAUAAAUGAAGCAAAUCAAACAGCAAAUGCAAACAAUAAUAACUGUGUGGCAACAAAUGCUAUCCAAGAAGCAGAUUCAAAACAACAGUCAUUUAUAUACAAAGAAAAUGUUUCGACUAAAGUUUGUAAUGAAAAAAAUGGAAAUAAUACAGCUGAAAGUCGGUUGGAAAAGUCUAUAAAGGCUAUACACAUUGCUCAAGAUGACACAAUGAAUGAAUCCUCCAAUGGUGAAACAUUUGGAAAAGAUUUAUCAGAUAAAGAUGAUAAUGGCUCUGAAGAUGACUCUGUUGAUUCCGACAGUAGUCAAUCUUUUCACAAUGAUGACGAUACAGAAAGUACAACACCGGUGGCUUCUGGAGAAAAGAGACCUAAAAAAGCUAAUAAGGGAGGGACAAAAGCAAAAAAAGUGAAAAAGAGAAACAGAAAAAAAGAAAUAUUUUGUGAAAAACACAAUUUGCCUUUUGAUAAAAAGGAAAAAGAUGAUACAGUUGAAAGAAAAACGAGGUCGAAAACAAUGGAAGAAAAAAAAAAGUCUGGAGAAGUUGUUGAUAAUGCUGCAGAAAACAAACAAACAGUUUUAAAACCAGACGAAGAAGCAACUGCAAAGUCACAACAGGAAUGGUUUGUUUUUGGACAACAUAAAAUGCAGACUGACCAAUCUAGCACAGAUGUUGAGAGCGGUAAGAACGUUUUUGAAUCAUCAGAGCAGACUACACCAAGUUUCUUUCAGAACAAUUCAAUUUCUUCACAGAAGACUAGCCAGGGCGGUUCUAAAAGUGUGGAGAUUGGAAAGCCUGACAACAAAUAUAAUACCAGAAGCAAUGAUGCAUCAUCCAAACCACCACCAUCAUCGACAGUAUCUGGGACAUAUGCAAAUGCUGCCUCACACGAAAAGAUGAACAAAAAUGAUCAGAUCAAUCUGGCUAGCAAGAACCAGCAGAAUAAGCAACAGAUAACUAUUGUUUUCCAUGUGUUGGUUGCAAAAGACUGUUUUACAAGUGAAAAUGACCUAGUAAUACUAAAAAUGGCGGACAAACUUGGAGAAUGGAAAUCUAACGAACGCCAAGCCAGACCGGUCAGUUCUGCUAACAGGGUUUUCAAGGACUACAUAGAGUAUGAAUACCGGAUGCCCUUUGACCGUAAUCUGCUUAGUACAAAAAGCACAGAAUACAAAUAUUGUGUUCUAAGACAUAAUACUAAAGAUGGGAAGUACAAGUUUGAGCAUUAUGAAGAUGGUCAGACUGGGUUGCAUAAUAGAACACUGUAUGUGGAUAGACACAUGGUUGGGAAAAAAGGUGAAUGGCAUCAGUAUGAUGGAAUGGUACUUCUGAAGCCAAAAGAUAAUAUUGUACAGCGAGGAAUAGAUUACAUCAGGGGCACUUGGAGGAAAGAAGCUGAAAGAAGGGCUUAUGAAUUUGCUGCGGCAUUUAUCCCUCAUUGGUUCCAGCCUUCAUUUCAUUUAGAAAAUUUGAAAGAGAAUUUUCAGACAUCGUUGGAGCACUUAGACAUGCUAAUAACAGGUCUGAGAAAGGUUUACGAACGUGAUGCCAAGUGCUGGGAUAAUGCUGAACAUUAUAAGUACCAGAUGUGUGAAAAUUUGUUCCAACCCCUGAUUGAACAGCUGACCAGUGAAAAGUAUGGAUCAAGUUCUAUUGGAUUGCUUAGAGCUUUGGCAUUAAGCAUUGCCUGCAACCGACUUCAAGUUGGCUUGUCCCAGAAUGCAUUGCAGAUACUUUGUAAAUGUUUGAUGGUUACACCAGAUUCAAAAAAUAGGAAAUAUGCAGAAGUCGAUGAAAUCAGCAACUUUAUUGGCAUGGGUGCCUUGAAGCCAGCCCUUAUUAAUGUCAUAAAGAAUGUUGUGAUGUAUGGCAAAGAUCCCUCCUGGAUGUUUUGUUUGCCACUGCUGCAUUUUGCUUCCAAACUGUGUGAACCGUUUGAAGAAAUGUCGAAGGAUAUGAAUCAUGAAGAAAAGAGACCAAAAUGGUGGGGUAUUGCAGAUAUUGAAGCUGAAGUGACAACAUUUCAGAAGAACAGUUACAAAUGGAUACUACCAUUGGAAGAUGUGCUUCAAAUUCUUGGACCACUUUAUGAAAUGGACUACUACAUACCAAGAAGUAUAGUUGCAUCUCUAACUGUUGAUGAAAUUGUCUUUGUAAUUGAUCAUGAAGCCAUUCCAGUGGAGGUUUGUUGUGCAACAUUACUUCAUUGGAUGAAAGCUACAAAUCCAGACAAUAACCGAUAUUCUACAUACAAUUACUUGUAUGAUGAAAGCCCAGGCGGAGAACAGCUGGUGACACAAUGCUUGGUAAAACUUCUGAAACGUCUCCAGACAAUCAAAGAUUUUGCACAAAGUCACAGGCAACAGACAAGUUUUGAAAUGGCAUACUGCAUAGCAAAACAACUUGUUGAUUGUGCUGCAUUUACAAAUAGGAUUCAGAAGUUGAUGUACUCUGUGCGCAUUUUCCUGCAGUGUGUGUCAUCAUACAGCAAACUUGAAACCAAAGGCAGUAAAAAAGAAAAUGACAUAAAGAAUGCCAUUGAUGCUGUUGGAAACAAGGUUCUCAAUUGGCUUCGAACUUAUGCUAAUUCCUUCUCGAGUACAGAUAUGCUCAAGAGUAUUAAGGUUUGGGAAAGUGCCAUUACAGGAAAAUUGAGUAAUGAUGAUCUCGCAGUCAACUGGAAUGAACGAAUCACAAGGGCUUUGCAACAAAGAAUUGAGAGUGAAAUGAGCUUGUACAGUUACCGGAAGAAGGAUUUCAUACGAAUAUAUUGCUCUGAGGUUGAAACAUUCAAUACAACAAUGAAAGGAUGUCUUACCCACCUUGCCUUAAAGGCUAUAGAUGGAGGGUAUACGAUUGAUUACAAGUACCUAAGCUCAACAGAGAAGGAAAGGUUUCGAGAUCUCCUCUCUGGCUUGUUUCUACGGCAGUGGCAAACGGAUGUGACCAAUGGAUCAGAAGAGUUGCAGGACAUGAAUAUUUUCAAAAUGGCUAUUUGUUGGCCUCCUAUUCAACUAUUUGUUCGAAACCAAAAUGAAGAAGGCGUCAGUGGAUCAUUACUGACUGAUGACUGCAAGAAUAAUCUCCAGGUUGCAACGGCGUUGGUACAAAGUCGUUGGGAUACACUUGAAACUGGAAAUAUCGAAAUUGGCAUUUUACAAAUGAUCAGUGAACAUUCGGAAGGGUUCUCCGAAACACUUUCCCUCAUCAGACCCAAGGAAAAGGGAUUGAAGGAAAAGGUAUUAUCUACAAUCAAGAUUCGAAUGAUUGAAUUGAAAGCAUUCAGGACCCAGAGCAGACAGAUGACAGUGUUUGUGAAUCUUUGUCACCAUUUGAAAUCAGUUGAUACCAGAGCAAUUGAUGAAGUUCUGCAGAAAACAUCUCAGCUAGAAAAACAUUCCCUGAUAGAAGUCUGUAAGCCAAUAGUAGUGGAAGACACUGGUGGAACCCUUGAACCACAUCUUAGAGCAUUUGAUGUUGAACAAGAUAUUUUAGAUAUUUUACCACGGCUUGAACAGUUGACUGAAGGACAUGUGUUCAUCAAGAUAUGGAACGACACAUGUUCCGGUACAACAGAGCGUUGUGAUACUCCUCUUGAUGUUGUAAAUGUGAUAUGGAAUCCUGCUUAUGAAAGAUGGAACAAUUUCUGCAAACAACUGAAGACAGGAGAACUGAUGUUUGUGGAUGCAGAAAGAAUGUUUGGGAUAUUCAAAGAUGAUGAUGAGAGAAUUUUGCAGGAAAUAGUGGAGUUAGAUAUAACAAGAGAAACAGGUUAUGAAAGGAUCAAACAAAUAAAGCAGAACAGACAGCUGUCCGCUUGUGUGGCUGGCGCAAGAGUCAUUUUGAAAUUUCAGAAACAGUACCGGUUGCAGGGAGAUUUUCAGGCUAUUAAGACUAUUGUCUCUCAUUCAGAAAGAAGCUUCAAACUCAAAGAUUUUGACAAAGCAUUGAUGAAGACCUGCGAGAUUUUGAAGGAUAUCACAGAAAGGAAAUCACAUUGUCUGGAUGCUUUUGUAAAAUCUGAUAAACUUGUUAAAUGGCUGAAGGAAUCCAUGCAAACAUCGGGUCAAAAAGAGUUGAAAGUGUUUGUUGACCUUGCAAUGAUGUCUGCUGGGGAAGAGCCAUUGAACAUUGCCAAAGUCCAGUGCUUGCAUUCAGCCGUUCUUGGAUACUCACCACUCAUAUUUGACUUAGAUGAGACGGAUUGUAACUACAAACAACUUUUAGAGAUGUGUAAAGUUGUCUGGAAGGAACUUGCUGCAAAUCCAAAUUUGCCAAAACAGUUGCUUGACACCAGCCGUGAGCUAGAAUGGCUCAAGGAAAUAAAAAAAGCACACGGUUCGGUCGAGGUGACAUCUCUCAUGCAAGCUGAGGCCAUCAAUGCAGACGGUAUUUACACCGUGGGGAAAGGAGCAUGGAAAGGUUCAGAAAUGUCAGAUAUGAUGGUUAAAGAUUUGAUAAAGCUCACGGUGCCUGGAAAAGAUGGUCAGCGGCAACAGAAGCACUAUACGUUCGACCAGCUCCAGGAUUUACAGAGCCGACUGAUGCUUGUUGCUGGCAAAUCUGACUCGUCCACUGCCAAAUCCACGGACAAGAAGAGUGAAGUGAAUGUUGACAGGUUUACAAUGAUCUUUGAUAGCGUGACACGUCUGGGCUCUGUUUACCUGAAACUGUGCUCAUCUGGAUGUGUACUGUUCAACGGCUGGAAUGCAAACUUCCUCUGUUCCUUGGCACAACAGAGACCAGUGUGUGCGAAAUUAGAAUUCGGGAAGGGAGAAGAUAUUCCGGAACUGAAAGGUCGGAAGUCUGAUGUCGAGGGGCUGGAAGAUAUGGUUCCAAAAAUUGCUGACUUUAUGGAGAACUGUUACGGUGAAUGGCUGGACUUCAUAAAACAGAAGAGGAAGAUUUAUCGUUACCUUAACUUCUUCACAAUCGAUCAGCUUGUGAUUCUGCAACGGGAGCUCGUAAAAAUGGGGACAGAGGAGGAACCAUCGCUGAGAAUUUAUCACCUUUUGUCUGCUGUGAAAGAAAACUGCAUGCAAGAAGAUGUAGUACUUGCCAUGGAGAAAGCCAAAAGGGAGUUAUCCGUGAUGGAAGAUGGACCUGAUGAGACCUCUGUUGAAAUACAUGAUCAAGAAGAAAUAGGUGACCAAACGGAGGAGAAGAUUUCUCAGUUUAUUCAUGAGUUGGUGGAGGCUGGGUAUGAUGAAGAAGUGGCCAGGAAAUCUGUUGAUCAUGUGAAACAGGAAGACAUUGACGAUUGUGAUGUGACUGAAGCUUUGAUUUGGUGCAUGGACCAGAAAGGAGAAGAAAAUGACGGUGUUGAGAUGAAUCAAGACGAUGAUGAAUACACAGAGGAUGUCGGUCCUAGGUUUUCUGGGUGGAGCAACUCCACAACAUCAAUCAGCUCACUGAUCAAGCGAUCUGUCACCAGUGUUGAACACAAAGCGAAUAUCGGUGUAAAACCUCUGAUAAAUGAUCUCAAAGAAUUGUGGAAAAACUUCCUUGGCUCGAUCUCAUCGAACAUCAGUGAUUAUUUAAGUCUCGAACAUUUGGGAGUCAUCCUCAACAUGCUUGCUGAAAGAGAUGAGCGAAAUAUCAGAAGAAACAUGCCGCCAGUAUAUGUGGAGGAGGAGCCAAACCUCGUGGUUUGUCCAAGUGAUGAAGUUCUACGUGUCGCACUAUCAAUCUACAUGUACGAUCCUGACCAGCCCUUGCCGCAGUCUGAUGAAGUCCUCGUGUGUACCUCAGAAACCUCUGCCGAUGAGGUGAGCAUUUUUUGGCGACGGGCGAUAUAUGAUCGAUCUGGUAAAAUUCACUGCCUCCUCCACGCAGAUCAGCUGGAUUUUGACGUCAGCGAGGCAGCGGAACAGUGCUUGGAAGAGCUACUGUUGGACAUAAGGCACUCUGAUGGUAUCAAGUAUCGCUUGUUCGUGAUAUGCGGAUCAGACAACGAAUAUCGUUCGACGAUUGUUUCGUCUUUGGAAAAGUGUCUGCGGCAUGUUGGCCCGGUCAAUGGACGCCAAUUGAAGGAAUAUGUGACUCGUCAUCUGGAGGCUCCGGCAGUUCCUGGCAAACCCUGUGCAGCCAUGGUGGAUUUCAAAAGAUCAACAGUGCGUAUUAUAAAAUCAACACGAGCCGGGGUUGGUAAAACACUGUUUGUGCACCGAAAAGAUGAGGCAGUGCAAGUGCAAAUACAACGAAAAAACAAGUCGGUGGACACACAAAAAGUGUCAAUACCUCUCCAAGAAAAAGUGAUCAACUUGCAUUGUUUCAUACAGAGACUUCUGGAGCACACGCCAGACCCACGAAAACAAUCCGCAAAAAUAUUCCAUCUUAAUAUGAACCAUGAGGUCCAGGAAGGUGUGGACUACGUGUUGUUCAACUUGCUGAUACUCAAUUGUUUGGUCGACAAAUCAGGAUACGUCUGGCGGAGAUCCGUGCAUGAUUUGUAUCUCAUAGAAGCAAUGCCAAUUAUGACCCAAGCAACAGAUGCAAAAGAGGAGCCUCGCUUCAUACACCCGGUGUUCACAUUAUUUCCGGAUUCAACCUGUCGCUCACCUGAUGAAAGCCUGCAAAUAUAUUCUGACAGAAAUUCUGUCCAAGAUUUUAUGCCAACUGACCAACUAUUCGAUGAACAGCAGUUCCGGAGUCCUGUUUUUCAGCGAACAUUUCAGUACCUGUUGAGGUUGGACCAGCGGAAAUCACUGGAAUCUGUCAAACCAUCUGAGCCUGAAGGCGAUCCUAAAACUUGCCUAAAUGUUCUGCUAAAGCAUUGCGGGGUGCGGGACCCGUCCUGGUCGGAGUUGCAUCACUUUGUCUGGUUCCUGAACACUCAACUGGUUGACUUUGAACAGAACCAGUUUGUUUCUGUUGCUGCAGCCGAAGACCUUCCUGGAUUUGCAACAUUUGUCUUGAGGUUUCUGAUUCAGAUGUCUCGGGACUUUUCCACUCGGUCGUUGAACAUGAGUGAGGAAACACCAGGGAUGAAUAUUCAAGACGCCAUGGAUACCGAGGAUGAAGAUCAGCUGCAACUGUAUCAAAUGCGUCGAACAUGGGAGUCUAGUCCUCAUCCGUACUUGUUCUUCAACUCGGACCGUUUCACCUUCACAUUUCUGGGGUUCUAUAUCGACCGGAAUACAGGCAACCUUGUUGACCAACAAACCAACCGAAUACUGGAGCAGGGAAUCAUGGCCCAAAAUCUGUAUGAUUCCUUGGUACGAAAUCAAGCACCAAUCAGGGAAGACUUUGAUGCAUUGCCAAGAGACCAGAAAAUCAUGAAGCUGUGCAGCAUUAUGGGCGUAGAAUUUCCGCAUGACCCAGAUUCCACAUACGAACUAACUACGGAUAAUGUGAAAAAGAUCAUGGCAAUCUAUAUGAGAUUUAGAUGUGAUAUCCCUGUGAUAAUCAUGGGUGAGACAGGUUGUGGGAAAACACGCCUCAUCAAGUUUAUGUGUGAACUACAGUCACCGCCAGGUGUAGAUGUCAAGAACAUGAUACUCAUGAAGGUACAUGGAGGAACAACAAAUGAAGAUAUCAAACGAAAGGUGAACGAGGCGGAGAACGCUGCAAGGGUGAACAUUGAAAAAUAUGGCCGCCAUAUGUACACAGUAAUGUUCUUUGAUGAGGCUAACACAACGGAAGCUAUCGGACUUAUUAAGGAAAUCAUGUGUGACAAAUCGAUUGCUGGGAAGCGUCUGGCUCUUUGUGAAAAUCUGAAAAUUGUUGCUGCAUGCAAUCCUUAUAGAAAGCACUCCGAUGAACUGAUAAAAAAGUUGGAGCAAGCAGGCCUGGGAUAUCACGUUGAUGCAGAUGAGACAACUGACAGACUGGGACGCGUACCAAUGAGGAGAUUGGUGUAUCGUGUACAACCACUCCCACAAAGCUUACUGCCCCUUGUCUGGGACUUUGGACAACUCAACACAAACGUUGAGGAGUUGUACAUCAGGCAGAUGGUCAGGAGAUAUAUAAAUGAUGACAAACUUCCAGCCAUUCCAAACUUGAUCGAGGUUGUCAGUCGCAUUCUGACAGUGUCUCAAGACUAUAUGAGAGCGCAAAGGGAUGAGUGCAGUUUUGUUUCACUGCGGGAUGUAGAGAGGGUAUUGACAGUGAUGGCGUGGUUCUACUACCAGGGUGAAGACGGAGGCUGGCUGUUCGAGGCAAUGGACAGGAAGGUGUCGGGGAGUGAAGAACACCGACAGGGUGAUAGCGAUGAGGAGGAAGAAACAGAAGAUGAGAGAUAUUUGUCACAGGAACUUGAUAAUAUCACGAGAUCUCUCAUCCUGGCCAUUGGUGUGUGUUACCAUGCCUGCUUGAAGACAAGACAAAAGUACAGACAGGCUGUUGCGGGGCAUUUCCGCCAGCCGUGCAGCCUUCAGGGUGGGGAAGCUCAAAUAUUGGAAGAAAUCGAACGCUGCCAGGAGGUCUUCUUGGACAAUGUGUCUUUAGAGGACAACAUUGCACGAAAUACUGCUCUGAAGGAGAACGUCUUCAUGAUGGUUGUUUGUAUCGAGCUCAGAAUACCUCUGUUUCUUGUCGGAAAACCUGGAAGUUCAAAGUCGCUGGCAAAGACAAUAGUCUCCGAUGCCAUGCAAGGGAACAGCGCUAAACAUGAUUUGUUCAGAUUGUUGAAGCAGGUUCAGAUGGUAUCGUUCCAAUGUAGCCCUCUGUCGACCCCAGAUGGCAUUGUUGGAACAUUCCGACAGUGCGCACAGUUUCAGAAGGAUAAGGAUCUGCAGACAUUUGUGUCAGCUGUUGUUUUGGAUGAGGUUGGGCUUGCUGAGGAUAGCCCAAGAAUGCCAUUGAAGACCCUCCACCCACUUCUGGAAGAUGGUUGCCAGGGAGAUGAGAAACCGGAACCAUUUAUGAAGGUUGCCUUUAUUGGGAUAUCUAACUGGGCAUUAGACCCAGCCAAAAUGAACAGAGGAAUUCUCGUCCAGCGAGAGGUCCCAGACCUGGAGGAACUCCAGAACAGUGCUCGUGGUAUCUGCGGGAGUUCUAAAGACCUUGGAAACUUGAUGGAUUCUUUGAUAGAGCCUUUAUCAAUAUCUUAUCUUGAGGUUUUUGCACAGGCAACACAGAAAAUGAGAGAGUUCUUCGGGCUACGGGACUUUUAUAGCUUGGUCAAAAUGGUGUAUAGCUUUGUAGAGAAAUCUAACCAGCCACCAACAUGGUAUGAAAUGCUGCAUGCUAUACGACGCAAUUUUGGUGGAUUGGACGAAGUGAACCCAGAGGAAAUCUUCAGACGUCAUUUGGCACGCGUGAUUUCAUGCUCUACAGAGAUACACAGAGCGAGAGACCCCGACUGUUCACCUGAUGGCCUUAUUCGCGCCUGUCUCUUUGACACACACAAAACAAGAAGUGAAAGUCGAUACAUGCUUCUGCUGACGGAAAACUUUGGAGCGCUGUCUAUCAUCCAGCAGCUACUUCAAACUAAGGGCGACGAGAUACGACCAAUUACAAUCUUUGGGAGCAGCUUCAGGAGUGAUCAAGAAUAUACACAGGUGUGCAGGAACAUCAACAAGAUUAAGGUUUGCAUGGAAACGGGGAAUACCGUCGUUCUGCUCAACCUGGACAACCUGUAUGAGAGUUUGUAUGAUGCCCUCAACCAGUACUACGUCUACUUCGGCGGUGAGAGAUACGUCGACCUUGGACUUGGAACUCACAGAGUAAAAUGUCCUGUUCAUAAAAAAUUCAGGCUGAUCGUGGUAGCUGAAAAACAGACAGUGUACAAGAAAUUUCCGAUACCGUUAAUAAACCGCCUGGAAAAACACUUUCUAACCGUGAACACCAUUUUGAAAGACAGAGAGCAACAGCUUGUUUUACAGCUCGAAAAAUGGGCCAGCGACUUUGCAUGUCAAAAUGAUGGCAAUAGCUUCACACAAAGAAACACCAAGCGUAAAAUGAAAGUAGGAGACGUUUUCAUUGGCUUCCACAAGGAUACAUGUUCAGCUAUUAUAAUGGAUGUUUCACAAAAAUACCCAGAUAAACAAGAGAGGAAGCUGUUAGAAGCCGGCAAGCUGCUCCUACUUUGGUGUGCAACUCCGGAGAGUGUUGUACGACAAAACAAAUUAGACGAACAUCAACAAAAGCGAUUUCAGAAUUAUUACCAUGAACGACAAGCACACAGUAGCCUGAUUUCCUACCUGCAAAUGAAGCUGAAGAAAGAUAAUUCUGAACAUAUAUUUGCGCAGGUGACAACUCACAGCAAGCUACUUGCGUCAGUCCAUAAACAAGAUAUCAGCUUAGAACUUGGCAUAGAUGUUGACAGAAUAAUCCUUCUGGAGACUCUUUCCUCCUUUGAUACAGAGCAACAGUUUACAAACAGAGUUCAGCAGCAUUUGCAGACAGCCGGAACUGGCGAGAGCUUGAUGUUGGUUCAAUGUGAUUCCGGGGAUGUUCAUGCAAACCUGAUCGCUUGUGCCCGUUAUAUUGUAAUGGAUGAGUACGAAAAGGCACGAGAAUAUUUACGAGCUCCAGUGCACGCCAUCUUCAUUGUACAGUUACCUCGAAAGGCGGGUGGGUGCUUCACUGGAUUUCAGUGCGGCCGCUGGCAUUCAGCCCACAUAGAUGAUUUAUGUCCGGAGAGUACCCAGAUGCCGGAUAUCCAAGACCUGCAGGGGAAAACUGUCAGCGGCAUCUUUCACAGCGUGGUCAGGAAACAUAGUCCACCUAGUGAUAUAGAAGCGGAACUAAGAGAAGAAAUGGAUUGGACUGAAAAUGGGGCGAAUGGCACUCAACAGAUUGAUAUAUAUACGCGUACUAAUGACGGGGCAAAUGAAGGUGUGGAUGUGAUGGACAUAGAUGUGGAAUUUAACCGACCAAUUGUGGCAGUGAACAAAGACGUGGCUGAUCAUCAAAGACAAGCAGUUUUGAAGCUGGACGGACUGAUUAUGCAGUGUGUUCAGUCGGCUUUAGCAAUGGUCAAAGACAAGGAGGACUACACACAGAGAGAAACACAGAGAGUUGACAUCGUUUUGAAAUGUUUAAGACAUGACAUUCGUUCAGAACAGGGGAUAGACACUUUCUUGACAGGGUUGCAAAGACUGAUUGGCCAGUUGUUGAAAGAGAAAGAGGAGAAGACUGGAGGAGAUUACAUUGCUCAGUUGUGGAUGACUCGCGAGGCUGCAGCAGCCGAAAACAUCAACAAAGCUGGCACAUUUAGGCGGUCUUGUCUUCAAACGAUCAUCUCUAAAGUGUCACCGAUCCUGGCUGGAAUCAUUGCAUACCUCGAUACCAACAGGAAUCUUGACCUUAUUCACAGUGACGUUGGGUGGAAACAGAUGCUGUGGACGUCGGUCCUCAAUACUGAAGGAGCAAUACAACUACAGUUUUCAGAUCUCCAAUCUCCGAAGAGAUGCAGUGACCUUGGUGAGAUGCUUGUCAUGACAACCGGUCGUGAAGGUCACAUGUUCUCCGCUUGCGUGCCCUUCUCAUGGACCAUGAUCCAAAUGAUUGCGGAUAUACUGCACGACAUUUUACCCUCUGAUGAAGAAUUUGAGGAUGAACCAAGCCGAAUAGAGCAUGAACAAAAUAGGACAAUAGCAUUCUGUGCGAAGAUUGUUGCUGCAAGGCCGAUGGGAAUGAUACUGAAUCAACUUGUGGAUGGUAUCCAGGAAGGAAGUGUAGAACAAAAGCAUGCCACCGUUUUCGAAAUCGUGGAAGAGUACAUCCAGGACUUCGUGCAUACGAUGUAUUAUCCUAGACGAGAAGAUGAAUUCAAACUAGUGUGUCAGACAGUGCAUUACAAGACCAUGGAAAUAUGUGAAGCUACAAAUUCUAUGGGAUGCCUGAUUGAAAUCCUGACUAUUGUACACGUUGCAUAUGACAUUCUUGCACUGAGACUUGCCUACUUCAGAAGCAUGAACGGAGUAUGGCCACAGUGUAGCUCGGUCAUACUUGAGGUGAAGAAAACCAACCCGGAUCACUUCAUGUUCAAGGAGCGAGAGUUUACGUUCUCUGCCUUGCGUCUGUUGAUUGAGAAUUUAAACCCAAAACCUCAAGAAUUAAAUGAAGAAGUACAGAGAGGGAAAUGGCUUCAUAAAGUCCAUUUGUACAGACCUGUGAUUGAAAAAGUGCUAAAUCUGCAUUCAGAAGACCCGGCUCUGUAUGGAAGUCAUAGUGAAUUAUCCGUACUGAGAGCGAAAUCGAACUGGGGCCGUGUAAUCGUAAUGAAGCUUUUUAUUGAGCAUGUUUGCAAAAAGGAUGGAAGAGAAGCAAUCACCAUCAAAUAUUGUAUGCCACUUUGGAAGAUACUGGGAGAAGAAGUCGACAUGAAAGAACAAAAGUCCUUAGAAGGUGUUGAGAAAUUUUUAAAAUCGUGCAACCAAAAUGCACUAAAGACAUUCAAUGGAGCGGAGAUUAAAUGCUGUAGCUGUGAACAGAAGCUAGAAGGCCCGCCAGUCACACUACCUUGCAAGAACAAAGAUGUACUUUGUGAUGCCUGUCUUGGAGAAAUGAAAGCUCUCGACCAGUAUGUGUGCCCCAAAUGUCAUGAAAAUCUAGGGCAAGAGUGGCAACCUUUACAGAUGGAAGGGAAUAGCAAAGAAAGAGAGCAGCUCAUCCAAUACCAGAAGAGGUGUAAUGCCUUCUUCAUGGACGUAGUCGCUCAACUCUGUUUCUCCGACGGACAACCACCAUCAAAGAAUGUGUUAAAGAAGUUGCUUGGAUACGUCACCUGCUCGGCAAGAGAUAGCCAACUGCGAUUUACAAAGAACAUGACUAUUUUUGAGACUGGAUUGGACCCUAACCCGGUCUUUAGGUCCUUCCUUCUACAGUUGAUGCUGAAAUCUAGUGAAGAGGAGUUUGUUAAAGAAAGCCUGAAAGGAUACAUCGAGCAGGCUCAAAGUUUUUUCAGAGAAGAACCAACGCUACAACAGAAUCUGGUAGACCUCAGUCUACUAAUCGUUCAGUGUUUAGAGGAUACAAUGCUUCAGCAAUGGCACGGACAACACAUGCAUAAUUGGUCUUUUAUUAUCCAUCUUCUGGAGACUGCUGGUGAUAACCUUGUUGACAAUCAACUAACGAUAGAGAAACUGUAUUGUAUCGCAAGACUACGUGUUGGCCUUUCACAAGCUGUGAGAGUGAUUGCCGACAUUGUGAAUGGAGUAACCCUGGUUCAAACACUUACCAAUGAAGAUGAAGAGCAUACUGUGAUUGAAUCUGCGAAACAACUUUGUACAGCUUCUCAGCUGAAAUGGCCGAAGAUAUUCCUUGUAAAGCACCUGUGUCGCUGCUACGGUAUUGACGUUUACCAGUCCAUAUGUCGACAUCGUACCACACUGCUCAGGUGGAUCGUGAUUGAGGAGUUGGAAAGAGAUCAGACACAAGAGGUGUCGGACCGAUAUGUUGUGUGUGGAAAUGGCUAUGUUGAGAUCAGGGAGGCUCUGUCACAAGUUAUGCUAGGAGAGGACAUCAGCAUACUGGAAGAGAAAGUACAGGAACUGCACACAACAGGAGGUCGUGUCGAUACAUAUCUACAGCUGGCUGUGCACAGAGAGAUAACAUGCUCAUAUGUCCGUCCAAUAGAAAAAAGAACGGCCACCCCAAAGUCACUCCAAAUGAUAGCUACCUUUCUUGAAUCAACGCAAAGUCAACAAAAUAAGCCAAUAUUGCGCCUCAUGAUGAAUAAUACACUAGAACCUCGAGACUUCAUGAUAGCUCAGGGGUCUGAUACAAGACGACAAGGCGUUCAAUGCUUGAUCAUACAUUUCAUGACGGUGUUGUCACCACUGAAUGGAGCCAGGACCAUUCUCCAUCUGUUUCUUGCAAUGAUUCAAGGGGAUCCGGCUAUACGGGGUAUGUUUCUGCCGACAAUGCCACAAGAUGAUUUUACUGAAAUCCAGGAAGCUAUGCUGGCCAAUCGUGGAGGAGAAAACCCAGUAUUCUAUCGUUGUCCAAAUGGACACCCGUAUGUGAUUGGAAAUUGCGGGAGACCCGCUGUAGUUGGAAAGUGUAAAGAGUGUGGUGCAGAUAUCGGUGGUCAAGGUUACCAGGCCAUGCCAGGAAAUGUUCUGCACACUGGUGGAGACAACACAAUUCGUGGCCACAUUUUGGGCCGGGCGGUUCCCAAUGCGCCCCUACGACCGGAGAGGGAGCUGUCUGCUCUUCACUGCUGUGUGAUCCGAUUGUUACUACACAUGUCCAUGUUCAUCGGGCCUCCACAACAGAUGGUUCCAAUUGUCCGCCCGGACGUUGCAGAAGACAAUAUUCGGCAUUUCUUCUGGGAGCACAUUGAAACCAGCAUCGGUGACCUACAAAGGGCUCUUGGCCGGAGUGUAGAUGACGUCCUAUUGCUCAUGCACUGUGUAAUCCAGAAUAUCAUGGUCAAACAUAAUGGAGAAACCACUGUUGGCGGAGAAAUCGCUCACCUUCAAACAAAACGUGGGAGACAGGCAUGGGAGAAACAGUUUGCUACGGUUUUCUUGCAGGAUGUUUUUCAGGGACUUGAUAACCAGCUGAAGCAUUUCAACCAAGUUAUUGCUAAUGAUCAGAGACUUGGUUCCAAUCCAUUGAUGUGCAUUCUAUAUGAGACCGAUAACCAGCAGCAGGCCGAAGAUCCCCAGCGGCUGGAGAAAAUUCCGCGUGUAUGGAGAUACAGAACGCCGAUAUCCAUAGAGCAUAUGCGACAAGACCUUGAAACUAGGAGUACGUCAGGAAAAGACAGACUUUCAGUGCUGAGGUUGUUCUUGAAACAGGACCACAUUCUUCAGGCAAUACAAUACAUUCCAAGCAUUCUAAGUCUGCAGAGGAUAUUGCUGCAGAAAUUCCAAAAGAAACUUGACAAAGCUGAAGCAAACACAAUCCUAGUGAAAGACAUGAUAAAAGAUCAACAUGCCGGCCCGGAUACUGAGAAAUGGUUGCAAGACUUUGCUCAAGCUUGGAAUAUAACUCGCAAGCUACUUGAACUCUAUGUCUGUACAACAGAAUUUGGAAGUAUUGUGAUUCCAAAGCAUCAGUGUGUUGAGCCAGUUUCCAUGGAAACACCGUUGUCAGUUUUCCUUCCAUCAAGCACUGAGACUGGACUUUGCUCAUAUGCGAUGCUAGAUUUGUUAUUCAGAAAACAGAAUGAAUUUUUAGACAGCUAUAUGAAGGAAUCUGGGAGGAAGCGCAACUCAAUCCAGACAGUGGCCCCGAUGGAGGCAACGUCGGCCCACCUGAUCAGCUACAACCACGAGCAGGAUAUCCUACCACUCGUUCUAGCCAACUGCCAGUACACUUUUGAGAUGGGUAAGGGUACAAAGAUAGAGUACGACUUUGCUGGGCUCGAACGCCAGAUCAUGGACAGGUUCCUCUUCUCAAAGUCCAGAAUAGACAUUGGAUAUUACUUACAGAUUGACCAAAUGGUAUAUCGGACAGAAUUUACAAAUGCUGCAGUAUUCGAAAAGUUGGAAGAAAAAAUUCCACAGCAAACCUUGGGAUUAGCUGUAAAGACACAGAUAAGCGAAGAGAUAAAGAGACUACCAGACUUGUGCCGAUUUCUUGACAACCUCGACAUAGCCAUCAGUUUCCUCAAAACUGCAGGGGGACAGCAAUCUGACAAUCUGAACACCUUUAUGGUCGACACACUGCAGAUGGAGCAUGCAAUGACAAGUCAGAAGGCUCGACAGUCGUGUGAUUUCCAGCAUGCCAAGUCUCUGUGGUUACUGUUGUCAUACUUGAAGUCCAAGUUUAUGGUCGAACAUUUCACGUCAAAACAGGAAGUGUUUGAGACUCUGCUGGAGCCGUACCAUGACGAGCUGUCCGACGAGCUGCAGAAAUCAUUCGGUGGCUACAUGAAAACUCUGAGUAUUGAUAAGCUUUCUGGCAUUCUAGAAAUAUUGCACGAAUUUAUGCUCCUGCGAAUUGCCAGACGAGAAAACACCAGUGAUGAGGAUUAUAUUGACAAUACGGAGAACAGGCUUGGUGAAGAGCUUCUAGCCUUUGUAGAAUUAAUGGAAACUCAAUGCCUAGACACGGCAGUUUUGUUGGAAUUCCCACAGGAAAUACACUUCAAACAUAGCGUGUGUACAUGGAUUAUGGGAUAUACGACGCUUCGAAAGAAAAUGGGACGAAGGCGACACUGAAAAAGAGUUGUAUAUGGAACAUUUUAGGUCAAAGACAAACUUGUCUGUGCCUUAUAUGACUCUUAUAAAUGAAACCCUCUGUUAGAGGUACAAACGUUCACGGUUUUUUGGAUACUAGAUAUCGAGAUAGUUGUUCUUAAUGUACAUGUCAUAAUACUGUUUUACAGAAUGAAUAAUUUUAAGACUGUUAAAAAAAUGAUAUAUAUUUAACCUUCAAUCCGUUUUGUGUUGUUUUGCAUUUUAAAACUGCUUUAGUCUGUUAGUGCAUGAUGGUUGUUUCAUAUGUGUUAUGAUAUCAAUUGUUGUUUAUUUGUCAUUGAAUAUUGUUACUGAUUUGAAGGAUUCAACUACUUCUUGUGUUAUUGAGAUGUAUUUUCGUUUCUGUCCUCAGCAAAAGCCAGAAUUUAAAGCUUUGAAUGUUAUGUGUGCUUUGGAGUAUUUAUUUGAGGUUUAUUUUAUAGCAUUUUUUGCGUAAAUCCAUAGAUACAUAGUAUGCAUGCAAGUUGAACAUGUAUGUUUACAAUUCUGUUUAUUUUUUUCAGUUACAAAACCCAUAAUGAUAUUGUACUGUAUAUACAUGUACAUUCCUUAAUUUAUUUAUUAAUAGUAUGGUGUUCAUUACUACUGGAAUAUUUUUGUUCCAAAUAGUCCCAUUUAUUCAUUAUGUAUGUGAAUAAUACAGCUUAACAUGUUAUAACUCUCAUUGGACCAAAGCAUAGUUUUUCCAAGAAUCCUUAUUUCUUAUUUAAGUUUCCACACUGAUCAUAUCAAAACACAGUUUAAUGGUUUGUGCUUUGUUAUGUACAUGCAUUCUCAAACCGUGUUUUAAGUAUGCAUGUGCACAAUAUAUGCACAUGUGCCUGCUAUUGACCAAUGACCUUAUUUCAAGGAUCAUGGUAAGCUUAUGACGAUGAGCUUCAUCUUAAUGACCAUAUGUCUAUAUGUGUGUGCUACUGUGAAAUUGUUUUGGUGUAAUUUUGUUACUGCUUAUUUUGUAUGAUUUUCCUGAUCUAAGUAGUAUGCGAUUAUUUGUGACAAUGUUCUUAUUGUUGUCAUUGUGUUAGUAUGACUACAAAAACAUUAUUCUAUAGAUGAAAGUUGUAUUUAGUGUAUUGUUUUUUAUGAUUAAUGUAUUUAAACAGUACUAGUGUUGAUGUUUUUUAAGUCUGAAUAUGCAUGUUCUAUUCAUUUAUGUACAUAAUAUUAAUCUUGGUUAUAUGUGUAUCCGUGAUGUUUUAUGCAAUAUUGUUACCUUAGUCUUGUUAAAUAGUGUUUUGUUUCUUUAACUAUGUAGAAGAACAGCAUGCAAACAUGCUUCUCCUAUUAUAAAUAGUAUGAAUGGUAGUAAGCUUGUUGGCAAAAAUGAGACUGUAACUUGGACGAUUUGCGCACUUUGUGUUAUUUAUUCUUACUUUUUAAAAUGGACAAUGUCGUCUGUAAACCCUCUGUAAGUGUAGAUUACUGUAUAUAUAAUAUGUGUGUAUAUUAAUUUGUUACGGUUCACUUAUACACUCUUGUCAAUAAUGUCUGUUGUAUUCAUAUAUUACAAUAUGAUAAGUUACAAUGUGUUAAGUAUUAUAUGUUACUCUAUAUAAGAUGUGUGGACAUUUAUUGCAUAAUUUUUUAAGGUUUAUUUAAUGUAUUAUUGCAUAUUGUAUGAUUAAAUUACAUAUUUACGUACCAAGGGAGUACCCAAUGUUUUGAAUUGGACGGAGGCCCUUUGAUAACAUCUACUUGUACUAGUUUAAAAUGAUAUUCAUUCAUUAUUAUGUUGAUUAUAAAAAGUCCUGUUUGGACUUGGAUUUGUUUGACAGAUUAAGAAAUCACAUGAACUUAAUCUAGUGAUAUAUCUCAGUAUGCGUAUACAACGUGAUAAUUGACGUCACGAAUGCUAUCGGAAGGAUUUAAUUUGCUUUGAAUGAAGUCGUAAAAUAAAGAAACUGUUCUUUUUCUUCACUAUUUUAAAUGAAACAAAGGGCAGUCUAUGUCGCUUAAUGACGCAAUUAAUCACGUGGUACACACACACUGAAUCUGCAUACCAUUUAUUUUUAAUCUUUGAUAAUUAUAUAGAAUGAUGCCUUAACCAUGAGUAGGUUCGUUUACCAUUCUGUAAGUGUAAACAAAUACCACUCAUGUACGUGAAAGUCAGCAAAUAUAUUCUGUUUGUGAUCUUGGUACUAUAUAAGAUAAGAUUGAUUUAGUUAUAUUAUGUUUUCUUAACUGAGACUUGUAUUUUGUAUGUUGCUUAUAUGCAUGUAUGUUUUUUGAAUGCUUAUAUGUAUGUGUGAGUGUUUUGUAUUUUGUAUGUUGCUUAUAUGCAUGUAUGUUUUUUGAAUGCUUAUAUGUAUGUGUGAGUGUUUUGUAUUUUGUAUGUUGCUUAUAUGCAUGUAUGUUUUUUGAAUGCUUAUAUGUAUGUGUGAGUGUUUUGUAUUUUGUAUGUUGCUUAUAUGCAUGUAUGUUUUUGAAUGCUUAUAUGUAUGUGUGAGUGUGUUUUUUUUGGUUUGAGACUUAAAAAGUUCGUGAAUGCGGAAUGCUUGUUUCAUUUGUGAAUAAACUAUUAACCAGA